UCAGUAUUCUUACCGUGUCCUCUGAGUUGAAACGAUUCUCAGGGACGGAGCCGCAAAGGAGGAGGGCAAGACUCCCGCAUCAUCGCGCCCGCUCUUUCCCUCAUCAGCACCGCGGUCCGUCGAGAGCCUCUGCGUUUGAACUGUGCUCAAUUUUAACAUGUGUCGACGACUCUCCGCGGUGCCCGCUGUUUUGUGAACAGUGCGCGUUUCGUGGAUGUGGUCGCGCGGAUAAGCAGAAGACGAUGAUUUUGUCGGGGCUCCUCUUCCCCGCGUUAUGGGGACUGGCGCUCGGCGGAUCUCCAAGCGUCCAAAUCGGUGGCCUGUUCCCCAGAGGAGCAGAUCAAGAGUACAGCGCGUUUCGGAUCGGAAUGGUUCAGUUCGGCACGGCCGAAUUCCGCCUCACUCCUCACAUUGAUAACCUGGAGGUGGCCAACAGCUUCGCCAUAACAAAUUGCUUUUGCUCACAGUUUUCCAGAGGAGUGUAUGCCAUCUUUGGCUUCUACGAUAAGAAGUCGGUGAACACCAUCACAUCCUUCUGUGAGACGCUGCACGUGUCCUUCAUCACACCCAGUUUUCCAGCCGAUGGGCUAAACCAGUUUGUUCUGCAGAUGAGGCCUGAUAUCAAGGGUCCUCUCAUCAGCCUGGUGGAGUAUUACAAGUGGGAGAAGUUCGCCUAUCUGUAUGACAGCGACAGAGGUCUGUCUACCCUGCAGGCAGUGCUGGACACAGCAGCAGAGAGGAAAUGGCAGGUAACAGCCAUAAAUGUUGGAAACCUGAAGGAUGAGUGGAAAGACGAGGCGUAUCGCUCCCUCUUUCAGGACCUGGAGAACAAGAAAGAGAGGAGAGUCAUUUUAGACUGCGAACAGGACAAAGUCAAGGACAUUAUGGAGCAGGUGAUCACGAUCGGUCGACACGUGAAGGGAUAUCAUUACAUCAUUGCAAAUUUUGGCUUUGUGGAUGGAGAUUUGUCAAAAAUCCAGUAUGGAGGAGCAAAUGUAUCUGGAUUUCAGAUAGUGGAUUUUGAUGACCCGCUUGUUGCUAAAUUUGACCAGCGCUGGGAGGCACUAGAAGAGAAGGAGUACCCUGGAGCAGACAGCAGAAUCAGGUACACUUCCGCUCUCACAUAUGAUGCUGUGCAAGUAAUGACCGAGGCAUUCCGCUUUCUGCAUAAACAAAGGAUUGACAUCAGUCGCCGUGGCAACAACGGAGACUGCCUGGCCAAUCCUGCGGUGCCGUGGGCACAGGGGGUGGAGAUAGAGCGUGCUCUCAAACAGGUGCGUGUGGACGGAUUGACAGGAAACAUUCAAUUUGAUCAGUACGGCAGAAGAGUGAAUUACACAGUCAAUGUCAUGGAGCUGAAAAACAGUGGCCCAGUGAAGAUUGGCUACUGGAAUGAGGUGGACAAAAUGGCGGUGACAAAAUCUGACCUUUUCCCCAACGACACAAUGGGAAUGGAGAAUAAAACGGUUGUUGUGACGACAAUCUUGGAGGCACCGUAUGUAAUGCUGAAAAAGAAUGCAGAGUUAUUCACCGAUAAUGAACGCUAUGAAGGAUACUGUGUGGACCUGGCAGCCGAAAUUGCAAAGCAUUGUGGCUUUAAGUAUCAGCUGAGGAUUGUAGCAGAUGGAAAGUAUGGCGCACGAGAUGCUGAGACCAAGAUCUGGAAUGGCAUGGUUGGGGAACUGGUGUAUGGGAAAGCAGACAUAGCUGUAGCUCCUCUCACCAUCACUCUGGUCCGAGAGGAGGUGAUCGACUUCUCAAAACCUUUCAUGAGUCUGGGCAUAUCCAUUAUGAUCAAGAAACCACAGAAAUCCAAGCCGGGUGUCUUCUCUUUCCUGGACCCGCUGGCCUACGAGAUCUGGAUGUGUAUUGUAUUCGCCUACAUCGGAGUUAGCGUUGUGCUCUUCCUCGUUAGCCGCUUCAGCCCUUACGAGUGGCACACUGAGGAGUUUGAGGACGGGCAGCUGGGCCCUAGCGAAUCUACGAACGAAUUCGGAAUCUUUAAUAGUCUGUGGUUUUCUCUGGGCGCUUUUAUGCAGCAGGGAUGCGAUAUUUCGCCAAGGUCCUUGUCUGGUCGUAUAGUUGGUGGUGUGUGGUGGUUUUUCACCCUCAUCAUCAUCUCCUCCUACACUGCUAACCUGGCUGCCUUUCUCACUGUGGAGAGGAUGGUGUCACCUAUCGAGAGUGCUGAAGACCUGGCCAAACAGACUGAGAUUGCCUAUGGGACACUGGAUGCAGGCUCCACCAAAGAGUUCUUUAGGAGAUCUAAGAUUGCUCUCUUUGACAAGAUGUGGCAGUACAUGAAGAGCGCAGAGCCUUCUGUGUUUGUUAAAAACACAGUGGAAGGUGUUUUGCGUGUCCGAAAAUCCAAAGGCAAAUAUGCUUACCUUCUGGAGUCCACUAUGAAUGAGUACAUCGAGCAGCGCAAGCCCUGUGACACCAUGAAGGUCGGAGGGAACCUUGACUCUAAAGGCUACGGCAUCGCUACACCCAAGGGAUCUGCUUUAAGAAACGCGGUAAACCUUGCAGUGCUAAAACUGAACGAGCAGGGGCUUCUGGAUAAAUUGAAAAACAAAUGGUGGUACGACAAAGGAGAGUGCGGCAGCGGAGGCGGGGAGUCAAAGGAGAAGACUAGUGCCCUCAGCCUGAGUAAUGUUGCGGGCGUUUUCUACAUCCUGGUGGGCGGCCUCGGGUUGGCAAUGCUGGUCGCUCUGGUGGAGUUCUGCUACAAGUCUCGCGCGGAGGCCAAACGCAUGAAGAUGACGUUCACAGAUGCUAUGCGCAGUAAGGCCAGGUUGUCUAUAACGGGCAGUACAGGGGAGAACGGGCGAGUGCUGACUCCAGACUUCUCUAAAGCCGUCCAUGCUGUGCCGUACCUGAGACCUGGCAUGGCAAUGCCUCUGAGUGUGAGCGAGCUGUCCUGAGUGCCUUACAUACAUACACACACACAUUGGUGCAAGCAUGCUGUACCUCCACUUUCAUACAUAUGCACACACGUGUACAUAUUCUUAAAAAAAUACUAUACUAUAAACACGACAUCUAUACUAAGGAUGUCAAAUCCAUACAUGCAUAGACACAUAUGUUUACUGUUCAGUGCAAUCACAUUUUGACCAGCGGUGAUGUAUACAUCCAACAUUUGCAAAAAAAGAAAACCACGCUGACAGACACAUAAAAAAAGUAUACAGGCACAUUGCUGUGUGUACAUAUGCAGAUAACGUCACAAACCUUGUGUAGCCACAGUCCUAUAGUUUCCUGUUGUGUAUAUUUUACAUAACACAAGUUCUCGUUUCGUCACACACUUGAAUACGCACAUAUAAUAUGACCUCAUUUCGCUCAUAUAUUCACACACUUGCCCCACUUCAGUUUUCGUGGACGUUUUUUUUCACAUUGUAAGUGACAUUGCAAUGCUGCACUAAGGAACAACGUUACACAUUGAAAAUAAUUCCUAUGGGAAAAUCUCGACACCUGUUUCCAUAGCAACGUGUUUUUUGGAAUCUCUGAUUCUCAAGAACUCAAGCACACGAAACAUCUGCAUCAAAUGUGAUUUUGUUUACUCAAUCUACAUGAUAUAUAUUUAAAAAAGUGUUUGACUGGAAUCAUUUCUUAUUAUAUGAGAUAUGUAUAAUAAAUUAUGUAUAUAAUUACACUUUUGUUCAUUUGAUGUUAAUGUUACCAUGCAAAUGCUUGACUUACAGAAAAAAAUGAAAUGAUUUGAGUAGUUUUGUUUCUUCUCCUCACUGGUUUGAUUUGUUGUGAUGUUAAUUUUUUUUUUUGGAUCAGUGUGUUCAGAUCCAUUUUUUCUUGCCUGUGGGCAAUGCAAGCAGUAGUUUUAUAAUUCUAUAAGUCUUUUAAUUAAAAAAGAAAAACAAAUAAAGAAUACUAUAACUUCUGCAUUUCGCAAUUUAGAUGGCAUAUUGAAAGUGUUAUAUUGAUUAAGCCGGAUCUGUACAAUAAUAUAUGAACUUAAUAUAAUAUAUUAUGAUACCCCAAAAUGCCAAAUUUUGAUGUGUGCCAAAAUAUGUUAAGGCAUUUCCGAUGCGUUUAUUAAUAUUGUCUCUAUAUGGGGAAAUGUUACAACUUCAAAUUAGCACCCUAUAAUCAGGGGGUUGUUAUUUAUGUCAUCUUUGGCUUUUUUUUGUUAGUUAGUUUUGUUUUUCAUAUCAGAUGCAUUGUACUUUUAAUAAGGUGCACUACGAUAUGCAGUUUUAACUGUGAAAAGCAUGACAACCUUUAGUUAUGUUUGUUUUAUAAAAGCGAUGAUUACGUGUAUCACUAAGAUUAGUUAACUAGGACUUUCAUUUAUGUAGUCCAGUUAUGACCUUGAGACUAAGAGAUGGAGAUGAUUAUUACAGAUAGUUAUAUUGAUAAAGUAUAAGCCGAUUACCCUUUUCUAUGCCAUGCUGUGUAACUGAAAUCUUGUUCAUUAGUUUUAUAUGUAUAUGUACUGUACAUGUAAAUAGAAACCAUUCAUGUGUAUAACUUAAAAUCUUGGAUGAUACACCAAUUCACACAGACGCACACAAGAGGAUUGCUCGUAUUGUGCAUUCGGCAGCACGUUUGGGAACAUGACCGUCGUACCAAGCUGUCUCUCACGUAAAGACACACAAAAUGGACUUGCCAUCACUAGCAUCAUUUCAGUUGGAAAGUCUGCCAUGGGAUGAAAUGGAGGACGUUUUUCUAAAUGGAAUGUGGACCGAUUGCUUUAUUUUUUGGAAUCUUUUGGAAUAAACAGAGACUGAGAAUCCUCUGA